AUGAGAGCAAGACAAAGCAGGGCAAAGAAGGAAUAUGUCUACAUUGGAGCCAAGGUUGAACCAGAUCAACCAGGAAUCCCAUGCCCACAGAGGAAGAUCAGAAAACAUCAACCUCACCAUUUUCCCACUGUCUUCUUCCUCUCUACAGAAAAUUUCCAAAGUUCACCUUUCUUUGGGACAGAAAGCACUCUGCACCCUUCUCUGCCUCUUCUGAGCAACUCCAUAGAGCCUGCAGGAAUGGUGUGCAACUUUUCUAGGGUCUCCACACCAGAUGUGAGCUCAGCAUGGCUUCUACCAUCAGCAUCCAACACUUCUCUCCAGCCGCUCAUGGGUAAUGCCUAUCUUAACCCACAUGCUGGCACAACCACGCUGACAGUGCUAACAGAGCAGGGCCAGAUUUCCACCUCGGCACCCUCCUAUCCAGGUGCUCUCAAGUGGGAUUGCACUGGAAGCACUCAUGGGAGGGAAGAUGCACUCCAGGAAUUCAAUAUGACCCUCAUUGACCAGGACACUACACUCUCCUCCCUGGCUGUGACAAACCAGUGUGAUAAAAGUUUAGAUCCCAAUGUCAUAGUUCCUUUUUAUCCAACACUGCCUGCCAGCUUUGUCCAGGUCACACCACCGCAGAUGCCAAGUCAAGGAUACAGCCUGGCACCUUCCUACCAGGUGGGCAGCCAGGUCUAUUACUAUGAGCACAGCAACCUGGGCCCUCUGAUAGCUGGAGAAUUUGGGCAGUGUUUGCAGCCCCAUGGCUCUGUGUCCUACCCUGGGAAUCAGACCUCUGCGCUCCAACCGGAGAUGGUGAUGGUGCUAAAGGAGANUCAGCCAAGGAAUAUCCAAAUACCACUUUUUACCUCUGCCUUUUCCUAUUCCACAUCUGCUCAGUCCAUGCCAGACAACGGUCUUCCCGUGGUUCAAAUGGAGACGUCCCUGGGAUUGCCAACUUCAGGCCAGACACACUGUCAGCUGCAGAGUCCAGAAUUCUGCAACACCUGUGUCCAGGUUUCUGAGAUAAGGCCACCAGCAGUCAACGGGGACAGGGCAUUAACCGCCCCCAUCCACAGUCCUUCAGAGUUCCUGGCCUUGCCUUCAGCUCCAAGCUUGGAACAACCAGAGGACAAAACCAUGCCUGAGAUAAAAGAGGACACAAAAGAAAACCCAGACACACCAAUCCUGAAUUUGGAACACCCUGACUUGCAGCAGCCUCUGCAUUGCACUGAUACUGAGAGCCUCAGGCAGAAGCCUGAUUCUGAUAAGGCCCAUUUGGGAUGCAUCUGUAUAGGUCCGAAAGAGCUUGUGGGGCAAGAGAAUGAGAUUGGAUCCAGCUUCGACUUUAAAGACAUCACUAGAUUUGAGGCAGACAUUCAACUUCCCCAACUCCUAAACACCCUCACAGACAUAGACCAAAGCAGUGUUGACAAAGAUUGUCUAUCUCCAUCCCAGUAUGAGCUGCCCCCAGCUGGGAAGGUCAAGUUAGUUCCUCUGCCUUUUCCAACUCUGGACAAGCCUCAAUCCAGACCUGCUUCUAGAAAGCCCCUUUCCCUGGCUUUACGCAGGCCCACUACAGUUUACCCUGUGCAGCCUCACUCUCACUCAGCUCAAACUACCACACUCAGGCCAGCCCAACCACCUCCUGUGAGCACAUCUUUGAUAGCCUCUGCCAAGCCAGCUCCUGCAAUUUCCUCCAGUGCCACUGGACCUAAUGUAACCAACACCAACCAGUCUACUGCUGUGCCCCAGUUGGCCACCUCGAGGCCUGUAUCCUCCAGAGCAUCAUCUCAUACAUCAUUCCAGAGAGAGCUUGUUUCUGCUGCCAGGAACAAGGUACCAUCGCCUCCCAAACCUCCAACCCAAUAUCUGCUGCAUGACUUCAGCCUCCAACCCAUUCCAUGGAAGAAAGUCGACAUUCUGGGACCAGUUGUCUCACAACCCAUCACAAAAGAGCAGAGGCCAGAGAGGGAGGCCAUGAAGAGGCGAGCCCAACAAGAGCGCGAGAAUGCUGUCAAGAACCCCUCUACUGGGAUACUUCAGAUUUUCCUUCAGAGGGAGAGGGAUAUGGAAAUUUCUCAAUAUUAUGGCUAUGCAAUGUAA